AUCCGAAGGGGAGGAGUUGGUUCGACGGAGUGGAGCGUGAAACAGAGACGAGGAGACUCCCCGCGUCGCUGGAGUCUAUUGGGGACGAGGAGAUUCCCGUCGUCCCUGCCGGAAUCAUCCGUCUGUUCUGGCCGUCGCAAGGCCAAGGUGGUGCGCCGCUGCUCUACCGUCGCCUGGCCGAGAGACCACGAAUCGGCCGAGGGGUCCGUGAUUUGGGGCCACUCGGAACCAGGAACGACGUGGUGGGACUUCUCCGGCCGAUGGUCCGCUCAUUUGACCGAUGCGGUCCAGCCCGGACGAUGCGGUCCAGUCCGGACGAUGCGGUCGCUUGACGGGGUGGCCUUGUUGUGGCCGAUGCGGUGCCGGCUGAAGCGUUGCCGGCCGAUACAGUGCCGACGAUGUGGUGCCGGACGAUGUGGUGCCGGACGAUGCGGUGCCGGACCAUGCGUGCUCAGCCGAUGAAGUAUUGGCGGAUGAAGUGCCGGCCAAUGAAGUGUAGUCCGCCGAAAGUGUUGAUGGGUUGCUUGGCUGAUUGUGUUGCCGGCCGAUGUGUGCCCAGCCGAUGAAGUAUUGGCGGAUGAAGUGUUGGCCGCCGAUAAUGUUGAUGGCUAAUGCAAUUGCUGGCCGAAGCGCGCAGUUGUGGGCCGAUGGGAAGUUUCCCUUUAUUGUUUAGCCGACGGGAUGCACAGGUGACCGAUGAUGCACAUGAGUACUCUGUUGAGCCAGUCUUUGGCCGAGGACCUGCCAUCCCAGAUUGCUUGGCCGAAGCGGGAAUUCUGGCCGUAGGUGCCCCAUUGGGGCGCCCCUCUUUUGGUUCCCUUUUGUACACUUCAGCCGCGGCGGGGCCGAUGAGAUGCGGCCAACGAUGUAUGCUGCCGAAGCGGGUGCCGGCUGAAGUGGCGUUGACCGAGGCGGUUGCUUAUGCAGUUUCUGGCCGAUGAAGAGCGUUUGAGCGCCGGUGGAGACAAGGGGCCGCUGCCAGUUGCUUUACUUUGAGCCGUGGUGGCAUUUGGCCGCUGUGUGCCGGCUGGGGUUACUCUGAGCGGAUACGCCUUGGAGACUAACAUUCCCCUUUGUUGUUCUCAUUUUUGUUUGCCUUGGCUGAUGUGGAACACUUAGCUGUUGAGGGCGGACGAAGGGAAGCCUGGUGGGGAUCGUAUCAUCCUCCAGUUCCUUCCUCUGUAUUUCACUUUGACUGGCUGAGCAAGCUCUUGAACGAGGAGAUGAGAUGGACUUGGCAGUAGCCUGGAUGUUCAUUUCCACGUGUAACACAUGGCCGAAGGGAUAUAUGUCCAUUACUCCGUUGCAUGAUAAUCAUCCUACAUAAUUGCACUACUUUGUGUAAAUUCAUUUUCCCGCUCAAAGCUCAAAAGCAUAUCAACCGCACGAUCCAAAACUAGAUCUACCACUCUGAUUAAAAUAUCGUUCAUUCUCUUUCGCCUCUUCCUCCCUCAUUGCAAUCCUUCACUCCCUUUCUCACACCCCAGACCAUCCGAGUUUACUCCAUUCCGAGAUGGAUGAAAAUGGCAAAGAACACUUCUUUUCUCAUCGGAAUCCUUCCGAGUUGAAAAGCUCAGAAGCAUUUCUUCUUCUUCAUCGCAAUUUUCUUCCAAUUCGCUCAACGGAAUCUCUAAAAGCUCGGAAGUCUGCACAGUCUUGAGGCUGGCUGAAUUUUAGCUUUCCAGAUUUGUGUUUAAAGAGACUACACAAUGAAGUUAUGGCAAUGGAGAAGAACAUGGUUGCUCUCCUUUUAGGUUACAACGAUUUUCCUGCAAUUGUCCUCUUCAAGAUUAUCUCAAAUAAAUGAUGAUCUUCUGCUACAAAUUAAACCAAGCAAAACUAAGUUAGUGAUUGCUUGGAUCUAGGGUUCUUUUGGUGAUGAUCAUAUGAACAAGGAGAACACGGAUAGUAUCCGUCGGAUACAAACAUAGAGGUGCACAUGGAUUCAAAUUGGAGGUAUGCAUCCAUAUUUUCAAGUUUCUUAUACGAGUAGAGUUUUAAGAAUGCAUCUGCAAAAUUUCAAAUUUAAUUUUAUUUAUACUACUUUUGAUAUUGGCAUUCCUUUUUUUAAAACCUGGUAGGCAUUCCUAAUUCUUAACACACAUACACAGUUGCUCCACUAAAAAACCACAGCAAGAGCAGCAGUUUCAGUAUUGCUGCCUUGGUGAAUAUUUUAGUCAUACUCCUUCACUUGGUCCAUAGAAUAUUUUAUAUCCCAUGAUCUUUGGGAUUCGGUGGAAGAAGGAUAUACCAAGAAAGAACUUACUCUUGAAGAAUCAGUAUAUAUGUAUAUACAAAAGAAGGAUAAAUGCAUUUUGUAGAAUCGUCGAUGUGUUAAGAAUUUGAUAGACAUGCAUAUAAUAUCUAUUCAUUCUACUCAAGAAUAAUGGUAGUGAGUGGAUGAACUGUUCAUAACCAUCUUAUUGCUAAGGUUAACUCAUCCUUAGGAACAUUUAGAUCAUAACAGUAAGAAAGGUGCUAAUUUUGUUCCUUGCUGCCAAGUAAGAAACUUAACAUAAUAGUAUUUUUAUUUUAUUUUCUUAAGUUCUGGAUUUGAUAUGUUUGAAAUGACCAGAACUUUAGAUAAAUUUGCAAUUCUUUUACUUUUGAACUUUGAUUGUUUUAAAGAGAAAAUAGAGUGUUGAUUAUCUAAUUCUUGGCGGAUUUCAAUAUUAUGUUCAGGAUCAUGAGAUGAUGUUGUGGUGAACCAGGUGAAAGUCAUCAUAUUGUCUUCCUCUUACUCCGACACUGAACUCCCUCAAUAAAUCAUAUUCAUUCUCCAGAGUUGAAGCUGAAGCUUUAACGUGGGUAGACAUAUUCUCAAUACCUCAAGUGAUGUUGGGAAGAAAUGCAGGCCAAAAAUUUCUUAUUCAAAAAUUUAGCUUGAUUCCAUCUAACCUUAAACUUUGGUUCACAUUUAAGUGUAGACAAUUCCCUUUUAUGCUUAAUUAGUUAGGCCAUGACCUUUAAAGGAGUCCGAGACUGUCUUUCGAUGGGUUGAUGUUUUCUUAUGUUACUUGAAUUUUACUCAUGGAUAGCUUUACAUCUCAGUCUCAUGAGUAACGUCUCCAUCUGAG